UCUGUGCUCAAUAUUAGACGUUACAUACAUCCUUCACAAAAAAAAAUAUUCCAAAGGGGUUCUUUGGCUGUCUGUUAAGGAGAACCCUUUGAAUUACACCUUUUGGGUUCCAUUACUAUUUUAAUAUCAGGUAGGAUCAUUAUGGUUCUGUAGGUAACCCAUUGGGAUGCCAUGUUAAACCAGUUUCAGAGAGGGUACCGUAAAUUGUUAUCCUAUGGGGCCAGCCGAAGAACACUUCUGCAACAAUCUUUUUCGAAGAGUGUAUUCACUAUUCAGUGCGUUUCUUGUUGUAUUGUCUGGGAAGCCGAUGCUUUUGCCGCAAUGGUCGUUAACCUCUGAACGACCCCGGUCUGAGCCCACGCCUCUAAAACCUUGGCAGGCAGUGCCAGACCUCAGCCAGAGGAUGGCGCGAGACGACAAUCCAAAACUUACAACCCGGACCCACUAGCGCCCUGCCUAGGCGCACUCCCAUGCGCGCGCCUCUAACAUCCCACCCAGAUUUCCUACUUGUGCACGAGUUUACCUCUGGAGGUCAUCAAACAGGAUUUACGACUGGCCAACAAAAGCACGUGAUUCUCAGCCGUAGGCCUACCCCAUAUUUGGGUGCCUACGUAAGAGAGAAUCAAGUACAUGUUCUACUCAUUUCCAUAAUUCAUCAUAAAUUGCAUGUGCAAGGGUGCUAUAGAACACGCAAAACCAUCAAGAUCCACAAAUCAAGCACACACGUUAUUAUUUUCUCCAAAAUAAAAACAACAAAUACCCGCUAAACAACAAUACUGGAAUUGUCAACCAAUGAGCUCCUAUUUUGUAAACUCAUUCUGCGGUCGCUAUCCCAAUGGCGCGGACUUCCAGUUACAUAAUUAUGGAGACCACAGCUCCGCAAACGAGCAAUACAGGGACUCAACAACCAUGCAUUCCAGCAGGUACGGUUAUGGCUACAACGGGAUGGACCUCACUGUUGGUCGCGGUAACGGACACUUUGUGGCCAGCGAGCGCGCACAGGGCUACUCCCCGAACCAGUCGGUGACUGCAACAACAUCCUCUGUGGAGCCGUCCAGGUACACCCAACCCGCGAACGCCACUGGGACGGCGUCCCUUUCGCCUCCACCUGACCCGCUCCCGUGCUCCUCGUCUGUUGCAAGCUCGUCUCCGAUCAGCGAGCCUCAACCUCAACACCGAAACAUAAAGAACUCCAUAACAAGCCCCUGCACAACCCCAAGCUCGAGUUCGAACGGAGGCACGCUGUUAAACCGGGAGUAUGUAUCAAAAGCCUCCCCCCUCCUCGAGGAAGAGAAGCCCGCGGGAAGCGGUCAGACAACUUCCCAAAAUGUCACGGACGGUGCCCAGCCUCAUAUCUACCCCUGGAUGAGAAAACUGCACAUAAGUCAUGACAGUCUGACCGGACCAGAGGGGAAGAGGGCGAGGACAGCCUACACGCGCUACCAGACCCUGGAGCUGGAGAAAGAGUUCCACUUCAACCGAUACCUGACCCGAAGACGGAGGAUCGAGAUAGCGCACGCGCUCUGCCUAUCAGAACGCCAGAUCAAAAUCUGGUUCCAGAACCGCAGGAUGAAGUGGAAAAAGGACAAUAAGCUGAAAAGCAUGAGUAUGGCAGCGGCCGGGGGUAUAGGGUACCACCACCCCUGAUGUAUUGGGUUCCCGAUGAGCACUAAUAAAAGAAUACAAAGUUUGGGAGAACUUCCCGUCAAGUCAAAAGCGCGAAAAACUUUCCUAGGAUGUCUUGGGACUCAACAUCCAGGUGUCCAAGCUCUGGCCUUGUCAAAAGAACAUUUUCUCUUUGUUUUUAUUUGGACGUGAUAAUGCUUGUGUCAGUAAAAAAAAAAUAAACUUACGUUCUGUACAGUUUUGUCUUAGAGAAAAAACAAUGGGAAAUUCAUGUUUGUUUAACUUAAGGCUAUUUCUUUUUCAAAAUAGAAUAAGAUGGGCGUUAUAGCAAAUAAGUUAAUUAACUACCUAAUAAAAGUUGUGUAGCCUAUUGCACUCAUAAAACAUUAGCCUAUAGAAACUCGACUAAUGAAUGAGUUGAUAAGAAAUUGUGUUGCUUUUGUGUAUAACUAUUGUUUUAAUAUGUAAUGUAUGUAUUUAUUUAUUUGUUUAAUGUAUUGUAUCAAAUGCAGAUUACAUGUUCGUUAUUGUAGAGAGACUUAAGUGAUUGUUGUGCGUAAACACGUGACGGAACCGCUGUUCUGACCCAGUGUAUGUAGCUGCGCCUUUAUAACCUUUUGCACGAGCUGCUGUAAAGUUGACCUGGUGCAGCUUACAAUGUGUUUCUGUCUUCUAAAAUUACCUCCCCCCCCACACACACUUUCUAUUUUGGAUGUAAAGGGGUUCCAUAUGGAUCCCAUCUUAAGUGUAUAGCUCCAUCGUGAUAGGCUUUUUGUAAAUGUUUUUAAAGAAUGACUGGAAGUUGAAAAUAAUAUUAUAGGCUAAGGGUGAUGCUGAUUAAAUUAAACUUUCUACUGGAACGACA